AUGUUCGGACUCAUCGCUCUCGUACCCAUCCUCGGCGCUCUCUCAGCUGCCGCAAUCAGCCCAGAGCACAUGAGACUCUUCCCAACUCGACAACUCGAGAAUGCCUUCCCAUCCCAAUGUUCAUGUGACAGUGCCUUACAAAUUUACAACGCAUGUCUCAACAAUGACUUGAACACCUGUCUCAGCGUAUGCCAACAAAGCACUUUCAACGAUUUCGUCGGUUGUUUCCAAUGUACUCUCGAUAAUACCGAGGGUGUCACGCAAUCCGAAUGGACUCAAUUGCAAUCUGCUGUAGAUCAAAUCAAAUCAGGUUGUUCACAAACUGGUUCAUCCGUUACUGGUGGUCUUCAAGCCCUCUCUGGAUCUAGCUCGCCCACUGCUGCAGGCGGUGACUCAUCCGCUACUGGACCUACAACUCGAGCAGGUGCAAGUUUCACCUCUGCCGCUUCUGGAAUUACUAUCGUUGCAAGUGGUGCUUCAGCUGCCGCUACCAGCGCCGCCGCCGCUACUUCUGCCGCUACUUCCGCUGCUGGCGCUGCCUCUUCUGCCGGUGCCUCCGCCGCUUCAGUCGCCGCCUCAGCUACCAGUGCUGCCGCCUCUGCUGCUGCUUCCGCCACUUCCCCCAACUCAGGUGCUGGGCCCGUCACUUCUUUCGUAGGAGGCUUCGUCGCUCUCAUCAGUAUCGCCGCGGGUAUGGCUAUUGCCCUCUAG